UGUUCCAUAGCAUUUGCUAAAAGCUUUCGUAUCGCACAGCACAAAUUAUUAAAAAUAGAAUUAAAUUGAAAAUUAACAUUCGACUUUGUAUUCUUGUUAAAAAAAAUUUAUAAUAAAAUAUAACAGUACGCAAUAACUUGUUUAUCAUGUCUUACGUGUUCCUCUCCAUUGCCUUAGUGAUAGUGGCUUUGGUAUUACUCUACUUGCACAACCAUUACAGUUAUUGGGCGCGGCGCGGCAUACCGCAGGAGGAUCCCAUCUAUGGGCUUGGCAAUAUGAAAGGUAUCGGACGUGAGUUUCACUUUCGCGACAUAAAUUCACGUCUCUAUGAGCGAUUCAAGCGCAGUGCUUCACCACUGGGUGGCAUUUACAUGUUUUUCAUGCGCAGUGCUUUUAUUGUCGAUCUGGACAUAAUCAAACAUAUAUUGAUAAAAGAUUUCUCAAGCUUUCACGAUCGCGGUAUAUUCAGCAAUGUGCGGGAUGAGCCGCUCACAGGGCAUUUGCUAAGGCUAGAGGGCGAACAGUGGCGCGCCAUGCGCAAUAAGUUGACACCUGUCUUUACAUCGGGUAAAAUGAAGUUUAUGUUCCCCACAGUGGUAGCAGUGGCAGAGAAUCUCAGUCGUGCAUGUGGUGAGUUCAGGACAGAAUUCGAAGUGAGGGAAUUAACUGCGCGUUACACCACCGACGUGAUUGGCACUUGUGCGUUUGGAAUUGAGUGCAACAGCUUGUCCGAUCCGAAUGCCGAGUUUCGUAAUUACGGUCGUUUGAUUUUCGGAAAGCCGCGUCACUCACAGCUCGUACAGGCGCUCAUAUUAUUUAAUCCUGAGUUGGCGCGUAAACUGCGUUGCAAAGUGUUCAACGAUGAGGUCACAGAGUUCUUUAUCAAUGCCGUGCGUAGCACUGUUGAGUAUCGCGUCCAGAAUAAAGUGAAACGAAAUGAUUUCAUGGAUAUGUUAAUUGAGAUGAUGGCCGAGGAUCAAGAGGCAGCAGCGCAGCAUGAUAGUAUAGAUUUAUCGCAGGGCUUGACGCUGCUGCAGAUGGCGGCGCAGGCCUUUGUCUUCUUUAUAGCCGGCUUUCACACCUCGUCGACCACAAUGUCCUUCUGUUUGUAUGAACUAGCAAUGAACCAGGACAUUCAAGAUAAGCUGCGUGAGGAAAUCUUACGUGUCUUGAGCGCGCACAACAACAUAGUUACAUAUGAGGCGGUGAACGAAAUGACAUAUUUGGAACAGGUUUUGAGCGAAACGCUGCGUAAAUACACCGUGUUGCCACAUCUUUUACGCACCGCCAGUAGUGACUACCGCAUUCCCAAUACAUCACUUACUCUACCAAAAGGCUCCAAGAUAUUGAUACCCGUCGAUGCGAUACACCAUGAUCCGGAAAUUUUCCCCGAGCCCGAUAUAUUUGACCCUGCACGCUUCGAUCCUGAUAUUGCCGAGAAGCGUCAUGCCUGCGCAUAUAUGCCUUUCGGCGACGGACCACGUAACUGUAUUGGUCUGCGGUUUGGCAAGAUGCAGGCCAAGGUUGGUCUUAUUCAUUUGCUGCGGGACUACAAAUUCAUUCCUUCCACACGCACUGAAAACCCCAUUGUGUUGAGCAAACGGAAUUUCGUUAUAGAAGCGGAAAAUGGUAUUUAUUUGAAGGCGGUGAGAGUAAGAUAAAGAAAAGAUGCAUAAAUGACCUCGCAAAACAAUUUUUUUUAUUUUUGAUGCUUCAGGCAGAAAAUGACGAUUAUUAGCUUGAGGUUAUCUGCUUAUGAGAAUAAAUAAGUCUUACAAUUCUUAUUCUGCAACUUGUUCUAUUUUAUUUUGAUUUGUUGUAGAGUAAUUUAAAGGCUUAAAAUAAUUAAAUUUUAUUAAAACGCUUUCAGCUAUAAAAAUAUAAUAAAUUCAUUAAAUGUAUGCAGCACUCGAUGAUUCUCAAUAUCCAUUUUUAGUACUUUGAUCGUAAAAUCUAUGUAUGUACAGUGGCUCACAGCCAAAGCGAUGCAGCUGAGUACGAAAUAGUAUAAUAAGUUUUAUUUAAAAAUCAAAUAAAUUUUCAAAAAAACAUAAAUGCCAGUUAAUAGCAGCAGAUAUGCACAUGCGGUAUUUAUUUUGCAUUCAAAAA